AAAUCUUACUGGCGAAGGUGUGGCCGGUGUAUUGCCUUCUGGACUUGGAAAUCUGAGUCAAUUGACGAUUUUGGAUCUGUCUGAAAACAAUUUCAACGACUCUUUCCCUGAUUCUCUCGGAAGAAUCCGCACUCUCAGAGAACUUAAAUUGGGACACAACAAGCUGUCUGGAGAACUACCAUUAUUCAGUCCAAAAGCACUUUACAAUCUGGAAAUGCUAUCACUGUCGAGCAAUAUGUUCAAUGGAACAUUGAUUUCAUUAAUGGGAGCAUUGGACGAAUCGAUUAAAAACUUAGACCUCAGCAAUAACAAAUUUGUCGGACCCGUACCUGGGAAUUUAGAAGUGCUAGAAAACUUGGAGAAUUUGGAUAUGUCCAACAACCAAUUGUCGAGCGAGUUAGCAGUCAACUUCACUAAACUCAGUAAUUUGAUAAAUCUGAACUUGAGCCUUAAUAAUCUGAACGGUACAGUGCCUGACAGCAUCUGGAACAGUCGCAAUCUUCAAUUUGUGAAUUUGAUAAACAACAGCUUUGUGGAAUUGAAUCUUACAACAUGGUAUAAGAAAGUUGCCGAAGGCACGAGUCUCGAUGCUCCUCGAAUUCAGCUGCGUUUGGCUGGGAAUCAAAUACAUAGAAUUCUCUCACCGAGCCUUCAAUCUUUAGAGACUAUAAUAGUAGCGCCAUCUUCACUAUCUGAGCAGCUGCUCUCGAUACAGUCUCCACAAACUUUCAUCUUGCUUGGAGAUAAUCCGUGGUGCCGCAAUGAUAAUGAGGGAGAGAAUUUAGUGUUCAUCAAAAAAUACAUGUGCCGAUCUGACGAGCAUGAGAACUUCUGGCCGUCCCCAUCCAACGAUGGUGUCCAAACAGGAGUACUGAUUGCCGUGGGCGUGGUAUCUGGAAUAUUCGUCUUACUUAUGAGCUGUUUAGUCAUGUUCUUCAUGUGGAAAAUGAGAAGACGCAAUCGUGAACUUCAACAGAUACAGGAAGAUUUAGCACGACGUGACGUGAAGCCACCGUUUUUCAGCUACGAAGAACUCAAAACGGCUACACACAGUUUCUCUAGUUCCAACGAGUUAGGAAGAGGUGGAUUUGGCACUGUUUUCAAGGCUGAACUAGCAGAUGGAAGGGUUGUUGCUGUGAAGAGACUCACUCCAACAAAGCAGAGUACGUCGGACUUCUUGAAAGAAAUGGUAAACAUCUCGGGUAUCAAACAUAGACAUCUGAUUCAACUCAAGGGAUGUUGUGUAUGGGAGAAUCGGCAACGAAUGCUGAUUUACGAAUACGCGGAGAACAAGAGCCUCGCAGAAGCACUGUUUGGUUCAGGUCCUCAAUGUGCGACCGUCUUGAACUGGAAACAACGUUACAACAUAUGCUUGGGAAUAGCCCGUGGACUUGCGUACUUACAUGAAGAAUUGCAGCCGGGUAUGAUUCACAGAGACAUAAAGCCGGAAAAUAUUCUUCUGGACGAGAAUUACAACGCAAAGAUUGCCGACUUUGGACUCGUCCGGCCAGCUAAUGAUUCAAAUGACACUCUAGUCACCAUUAACAUUCCAGGAACGAGGGGCUACUUUUCACCAGAGUAUGCACUAGAAGGCGUAGUAUCCGAGAAACUGGAUGUGUAUAGCUUUGGUGUUGUCUUGCUGAUAAUCGUUGCUGGAAGACCGUGCAUCGAUCUGAAGUUGCCACAGGAACAAAGUAUUCUACGCUCGUGGGCUAUAACUCUGUACACGGAAGGCAAGGUUUUGAACUUGGUCGAUAAAAGAUUGGAGGGCGAUUAUGACGAAGAAGAAGUCCUGCUCGUGGUGGACAUGGCUCUGUCUUGUCUGCAAACAGAUCCCAAGAAACGCGCAACGAUGUCUCAACUGGUGAACGUCCUCAUGAAGAACUCAAAUGCAAGUGUAGCUGUGGACAUCGUCAACGAGCUAAAAAUCCAGACACCAAACUUGUUGAGCAUACCAGAGUACGAACAUGCUGGUAACCAAGGCGUUCAAGGAGAAUCAGACGAACUUUCUUUCAUGUCAUCAUUUGCCACCGAUUCACAACAAUCGCUUAGGGUGCCUCGAUAGUGCGUACAUGAGUAUGCGCUCAUGCAGUAUCCCAAGUUCCUAGAUUAGGUCGUCUCUACCCAAUGUUCUCUCCCAGAUAUCUCAGUUGACAUUACCUUUGCAUGUGCCCUUGAGCCACUGACGUAGGGAGAUCAGUGAUAACCUUGAACAAGAGUCCAAUUACUUUAUGCUCCGUCUAAUUUCAAGCAACUGCAUUCCGCUCGUGAGUUAUAUAAGGAUCACAUACUAAAUCUAGUACUCUAUGUAUUAUCAAGCAUCUGCACUAAUUCGUUAAGCUUGCUAGGUAGAUUAGUUAGUUAGUUGCUAGCUAGCUACUACUUGUCAAUAUAGAUUCUGGGUUGAAUAUUGACUCAUAUAGAAAUAGAAUCAUGUAUGAGAAAAAAACAUAAUUCUUAAGAUGAUAGUUAAAAAAUCUUAAUGUGAAUUGAUUAGCUUUUACAAGGUCUUCAAAUAUGAAUGCAUCUAAGUCAUCAUUG